AAAUGGGGCUUGGCGGGAAAUGCGUUCCGUUGGCAACCUCGAAAAGGUUCGCCGUGGUACCAUCUUCGCAACUCGUGCUCCCGGUUUCGGUGGCAGCGGUGGCAUUAUUGAGAAUGGCGAGCCCACCGUCGAGGAAUGGUGUCACCGCUUCUGCGCCAGCCGAGCUGGCCUCAAGAACAUGGCCUUUGAGCGCCGUGUUUCCGGCUGGGACUGGGACUACUUGAAGAAGCAACUGGAGCGCCUGGUCAAAGAUACCAACUACCGCGGCCACACCAGCAUCACUUUCCCAGUGAGGAACUCGCGCGUGGAGAUUUACAAUGCCUGCCGCGUGAACCAGAUGCGCUUGACCAAGUGGAUCGAGGUCAUGUUUAUGCUGACGCUCAUGUUCCUCUUUGCAUGGCCCUAUCUGUUCUUCCGCACUAAGCGCUGGGAAACAGUCUACACUGAAUGGUCCAUGAGCCGCCAGGAGCCAGAUGGCACAGGCUGCAUGGAACGUCGAUAUACUUCCAUGAGCGAGGCACAGUGGUAUCAUAUGUGGGCGAGAGCCAUCCAGAAAGCCGUGUUGGAACGCAGGCAAGGACACCUUGACCAGGGAGACGUCGAGAGGGCUGACCAGCCGGCCGAUCAAGCUGGCGGUUUUGCUGGCAUGGUGCAAGCUGGUGUAGAGGCCAUGGGAGUUGUUAACCGAUCGUUUGGAUGGGGAGGCGACAGCGGCAGUGCUGGAGGUUCACGCUUCAAAUUUGGAAGGCGUUGAUCAAGCUAUGGCUUCUAUAGCUGUGGUAAAGAAGUAAGACGUGGCGACAGACUGGAGAUGCGCAUUUUCACCGGAUACUGGACUCCUCUCCUCCCUCAGUUCUCUACACAACAACUUUUCAUUGGGUCAUUCUGGAGUUAUAGGGUAGCACGAUGCUUUCAAAGAGGCAAAGCAAAUGGUCAACUAUUGUACAAUCUUUAGCUUUUUUUUUUUUUUUUUUUUUCCCUGCUGGUUACUAUAUAUACACUACUGUCUAAGCAUGUUCCAAAUUUAUCCAUCUAUGAU